AUGGGAGGGGUUGUGGCAGCAGAUGACGAGGAGCCCCGGCACGGGCCGAGUUUUCCGAAGGCCAUCGAGGAGUUGAAGGAAGCAUUGUCCAGUGAACAAGUGACUACGGAUCCCAAGCAGCUGCUUGCGUACGCACAGAGCGUACUUUACCAUGAACACCUUCAAGGUCAACCGCAUGCUGUCGUUAUACACGUUCGCAGCACUGAGGAUGUCGUCAAGGUUGUUCACAUCGCAAGGAAACACCUCGUUGCGGUCGUUCCGUACGCGGGUGGGACCAGCCUGGAGGGCAAUGUAUCGGCUCCUUCUUCGGGAAGCAUAUGCGUGGAUCUUUCUGGUUUGAACAAGAUACUGGAAAUCAACGAGUCGGACGCCGAUGUCGUGUGCCAGGCGGGCGUCACGUGGAACGAUCUUAACGAACAGUUGAAGAUGAAAGGCAUACCUUUGUUCUUUCCUCUCGAUCCUGGUAGGAAUGCGACGGUCGGCGGUAUGAUUGCAACGGGCUGUUCUGGCACGAACGCGAUGAGAUACGGCACUGCGCGAGGCGAAUGGAUACUCAACGUUACGGUUGUGCUUCCUUCUGGUGAAGUGAUCAAGACGCGUCGGCGCGCACGCAAGUCAUCGGCUGGAUUUGACCUCACGAAGCUCUUCAUUGGCGCGGAGGGGACGUUGGGAAUCGUUACCGAAGCUACGCUCCGCCUCGCGCCGGUGCUGCCUACUCGCGUUGCGAUCGCGAGGUUCCCUGAUGUGCAAACAGCGACGAACGCAGUUUGCGAUGUUCUGAACCGGGGUCCUGCAAUUCAAUGCGUCGAGUUGAUCGAUGAACUCGGCGUGAAGGUGUUGAACCACUACAACUCUGCGAGCAGCGAGGAGCGCGAACCGUGGCCAGAGCAGGUGACGCUGUUCUUGAAGCUGCAGGGCUGCCCGUUCUCUAUGCUGCCCAUGCCGGCAUCCAUCGAACAGAUUAUGCGUUUUCACGGCGCGACAUCAUACCGUCUCUCUCAGUCUGAGUGUGAGGACGAGCAGAUAUGGGACGAGCGCCGGAACGGGUUAUUUGCUGCUUUGGCUUACAAGGAGGGGUCUAAAGGGUGGAUCACCGAUGUUUGCGUUCCAGUAUCCCGUCUUCCCGAGCUCAUCACCUCCGCAAAAGGAUACUUCAAAGAACUGGGUAUCACUGCGCCAAUAGCAGGCCACGUCGGAGACGGCAACUUCCACGCGCUUGUGCUGUACAACCCCGAUGACCCAGGUGAGGUCACGCGUGCUCGCGAAGCUGUCGCCCGAAUAACCAAGCGCGCAAUCGAGCUCGAUGGCACCUGCACUGGCGAGCAUGGGGUUGGCCAAGGCAAACGCAAGUGGCUCGAGGAAGAACUUGGUCAGGGUACGGUCGAUCUUAUGCGGACAAUCAAGCAAACUCUCGACCCAGACGGACUGUUCAAUCCUGGAAAGGUAUGUUCCUCGUUCUUGGCCUUGACCCGUCUUGCCUUUGGUUGCGAGUUACUGCUGUGUAUAGCGCAUAGUCAGAGUCAGAAACGAACCCGCCUCCGUUUGACGCUCGUCAUACCAUGCUCUGACAUUAUAAAGCUGUUUUUUUCUCCUUUGUUGUACGCCUACCAUGCUUUCCGGGUUGCAUGUCGAGUGGUGAUUAGUGGACUGACAAUUUCAUUUCCAGUUGUACCCAUGCCAAAGCGGACAUCAGGAACAUCCACCUACCUCUGGCGCGGAGUCCGAUGA